GCAGCUCGGACUGAACACUCAUUGCCGGUGCUCUAGUGCGGACAGUGUUAGUACGAAUUGCUCGUCGCCGCCGACUGCACCGCACCGCACACGACACGUGCCAGACCACGCACGAGCCCUGCUCGCCAGUUUCAGGAACCGAGAGUUGUGAUACACGGCCGCAACCAUGUUCCAGGGUCUGGUCGACUUCCUCGUUUUCCUCAUCCUCUCGGCGUACUAUAUCAUCGAGUCGAUCAUCAUCAACCUCAUCCCGCGCCACUACAGGGCUGGAUGGAGGGAGACCCUCAGGGGUGAAAUCGCCCUCGUCACCGGGGGUGGCAAUGGCAUUGGCAGAACCCUCUGCAGCAAGUUGAGCAGGCUCGGGGCCACUGUCGUCAUCUGGGACAUCAACUCACAGGGCGCGGAAGACACAGCCGCGAUGCUGCGUCAGGAGGGCGGCAAGGCACACAGCUACAAGUGCGACAUUUCCAAUAACGACGACGUGUACGCGACGGCCAAGAAGGUCCGCCAGGAGGUCGGCAAGGUGACCAUCUUGGUCAACAACGCCGGCAUUGUGUCUGGAAAAACUCUGCUUGAGACGCCCGACGCUAUGAUCAAGAAAACGUUCGACGUCAACAUCCUCGCUCACUUCUGGACGACGAAGGCCUUCCUCCCCGAUAUGAUCGCUGGAGACAACGGCCACAUCGUCACCAUCGCCAGUCUGGCCGGUCUAGUCGGCGUCAACAAAUUGGUCGACUACUCCGCCUCCAAAUUCGCCGCCGUCGGCUUCGAUGAGGCCCUCAGACUGGAACUCGAGGUUGAAGGCAAGCGUGGAGUCAGCACCACCGUCGUGUGCCCCUACUACGUCAGCACCGGAAUGUUCGAAGGCGUCAAAUCCAGGCUGUUCCCGAUCCUUGAGCCUGAUUACGUGGCCGACGAGAUUGUGACUGCGAUCCGUUCUCGCGACAAAGUGCUGCUGCUGCCUUCCUACCUGCGCAUCUUCCUGGCACUCAAAUUCUUGGUUCCUUGGGACUGCGCACUGGUGUUCCUGCGCUGCCUGAUCGCUGACACGAUGCAGCAGUUCGGCUACAAAAACGGCGAGACGGUGCCGCUGAUGGCCAACGCAAAGGUGCCCGAGGAGCCCGAAAAGAAGCAACAGCCGCAGGUGGCGGCGCCGCUGAAGGAAGAGUUCACGCAGUUAAACGGCAGCGCCAACCUGACCCUGCGCCGCAUCCAGCAGCAGGAGGAGGAGAGCGACAACGGCCGCCUCAUCUGACGAGGCACCAGUACAAAUCACAAGCAACAUCAACUACUCUUGAUUGCACGGCUGCCCUUAAUUUAUUCACCGAAAGUGGAAAUAAUUUGUCUGCUCUGUCCUGUCACUCUUCAUCGCGGCUAUAAAUGCACCGUAUUUCAUAAUUUUGCGUAAGCCGCACCAACAGAUGGCACCACCGUAUUCUUUAAGUAAAUUCCGAUGUGAUUUAUGGGAAUUCUGCACUACAAAUGAGUUCUUUCGAUAUAUUUAAAACAAAAAUUACUAAUUUUAGCACUAUUAAGCUGGACUGAUUUUCGUUUUCGAAAUGUCAAAAAAAUCUCCAAACGCCAGAUUUUGAGACUUUGAAGUGCCUUAAAAUCGUAAAUAAUCGCUGGCGCCAUCUGUUGGUAGCUUACGCUAACGGUGAAUUUGCGUUUGAUGAUUUUCCGAUAUUUUCCCUCGCAGUUUUUUUGUCGAGUGCCAACUUUUUAUAUUUUAUUUUCUCUCCGUUUUAUCACGUCCAGUGUAGAGGAUAAGUAUGUGUGUUAGAUGAUAAAUUCGCAUGGAAACUUCACCUGUCAGUUGCUCAACGCGUCGACAUUCGUUAUUUUUUCUUGCCGCCCCCGUUGUGAAUUUUAUUGCUUUUUUGUUCGUGAACAAAAAACGCACAUAAUUUUUCCCAAGCUGCUCUCUCUAUCUUUCUCCCAACAUACUUGUGAUAACCAUGUUGGUUCUAGUUUUAAGUCGUCUGCUCUUGGCGGAGCUCGUUUCUUAUCUUUGUAGUCGUAAGUAAUGCAAGAUGACUGAGUGAGAGGAGUACGUGAACGAACAAGCUUACAUGAUGUGGGAUUAGACUAGACAAUUCUUAAAUAAACGAUAUUGUGAUACUUGAUAAAGGAAA